AUGACUACCCACGGCCCGAACGAGGAGUUCGUUUGCGAACGACGCCGCGAGUUGCUAAACUCGCUCCAGGACUUGCUUAGGACCAUUCAGCCCGAGGGAGUUUCCUCUACUUCCUGGGCAGCUCUGUGGCUGGCAGACCUCGAGAAACUUGAAGCUCUCCUUCACCCAAGUCAACGGGAUAGGCUUCACAACCUACUCAAACUCACGACCAAUGACAUCGUUACCAAAUGGCAACAGCGUGAUUCUUCGAAGUCCCGCUCCCCAUCGCCUUCAGCAGCGCAGUCCCCAUUGGCCUCACCGCGCGGGAGUCCCAGCCAGCCAGCCCCGCUUCACCGUUCUGCCGUCGAGAGACAAGUGGGUUUACAGCGCGACGACCAUGAAGAUGAGCGCAGCAAGGAGCCAACUCCGCAGCCAACGUCACAGCCAGCCACACCUCCAGCUAAACGCCAGCGCAGGGGCUCCGGUCGAUUGAUAUCAGCGUCAAUGCAAUGUCGAUCUAGAGAUGAGUAUAGGUGCCUAAUUACAAAAUCUCUCGACCCCGUUGACGCCGCGCAUAUCUUUCCGCACUCAAUGAGAGGUUCCUUGUCAACAACCAAUAAACACUACUCAUUUUGGUCUUUGCUGAAGUUAUUCUGGACGGAGCGUCGCAUCAGUGACUGGAUGGCUGCCGCAUUUUUACGAGGCACUACGGAGGUAGUGGAGAACUUGCUUUGUUUUGCACCCACAAUUCACAGGUGGCAUUUAAAGGGCCUGUUUGGGUUGCAGCCAAUUCGCCGGUCCGAAGACGGCAAGGAAUUCACUGUCAAGUUCUACUGGCUGCCGUUGCGGAAGCCAGCUGCGAAAGUCCACCUGUUGACUGACCCUACCAUACCGGAGGAUCUCGUUGGUAUCAACAAAGACUACAGGGCCUGGAACGUUCUUACCGGCGAGGAGAUUGCGUCUGGGCGAGAGAUCGUCCUGACGACCAGUGACCCCGAUAACCUCCCAUUGCCAAGCUGGGAUCUCCUCGAAUUGCAAUGGACCCUGCAGCGCCUGGCGGCAUUAAGCGGGGCGGCGGAUGUCUUCGCUGAUACCAUUGACGAUGACGAUAGCAGUGGUAUUUUGUGGGAGGACGAAGACGAGAGUGUCCGUCACUGUGACAGCGUUGCAUCAUCGCCUGACGAGGGGAUCGAGCCGCUGUCGCUCUCCCCACAAGCUCCAAAAGUCGUUAGCACGACGAGCAAUGCUAUGGAUGUCCCCGCAAACGAGCAGGCUCUCGCAUAA